AUGGCUGUUAAGGUUCAUGGAUCGUUGGCUAGGGCUGGAAAGGUGAGGAACCACACUCCCAAGGUCGCAAAGCAGGAGAAGAAGAAGCCGCUUACCGGCCGCGCUAAGAAGAGGCAAACCUACAACAGGAGGUUCGCCAGCAGCGUUUCCGGCCGCAGACGUGGCCACAACGCCCAGGGCUAA